CUUGGCGCGGUGGAGCACCGGUAAUAACAGGGGCCGGCUUCGUUCAAAGGCGAGAGGUGGUUCGAAGAGCAGGGAGUGUGGUCGCUAAUAAUAAAGAAGUCGUUGGGGGCAGUUCUCGCGGUUCCCGGUCCCGGCCGCCCUCUCGCCUCCCUCUGGGUCCUUCUGGACCCCUGGGCGGCGCGGCCGGGGGCGCUGCGGCGGCCGCGGCGGCGCUUCCUCGGGCCAUUUUGCUGAGGAGCGACGGGGAGGAGGAGCUGCUGAGGAGACCCAAGGCGAGGAGCGGCGAGCCAGAGGAGGCGGCGGCCGCGCGCGCACCGGGCUUUCCUCGAUCUCGGGGAUCUCGAGGGGCGAAGGGAUCGCCGGGGAGGGGGACCGGAGAGCCGCGCCAGUCGCGCGGCGCGCCCCUUCCCGCCCCCUGCACCAUGAGCUGGGGCACCGAGCUCUGGGAUCAAUUUGACAACUUAGAAAAGCACACACAGUGGGGAAUUGACAUUCUUGAGAAAUACAUCAAAUUUGUAAAGGAGAGGACAGAGAUCGAACUCAGCUAUGCAAAGCAACUCAGGAACCUCGCAAAGAAAUACCAACCUAAAAAGAACUCGAAGGAGGAAGAAGAAUACAGGUAUACAGCUUGUAAAGCCUUCCUUUCCACCCUGAACGAAAUGAACGAUUACGCUGGGCAGCAUGAAGUUAUCUCCGAGAACAUGACCUCGAACAUCACUGUGGAGUUAGCCCGCUACGUCCAGGAGCUGAAGCAGGAGAGGAAAUCGUACUUCCACGAUGGGCGGAAGGCACAACAGCACAUAGAGAUCUGCUGGAAACAACUCGAAUCAAGUAAAAGACGAUUUGAACGUGACUGCAAAGAGGCCGACAGGGCACAGCAGUACUUUGAGAAGAUGGACGCUGACAUCAACGUCACCAAAGCAGAUGUUGAAAAGGCGCGACAGCAAGCUCAAGCACGUCACCAAAUGGCAGAGGACAGCAAAGCAGAUUACUCAUCAAUCCUCCAGAAAUUCAACCACGAGCAGCACGAAUAUUACCAUACUCACAUCCCCAACAUAUUUCAGAAAAUACAGGAGAUGGAAGAAAGGAGGAUAGUGCGGAUCGGGGAAUCGAUGAAGACCUACGCGGAGGUUGACCGGCAGGUGAUUCCGAUCAUUGGGAAAUGCUUGGAUGAAAUAGUAAAGGCAGCUGAAUCCAUCGAUCAGAAGAAUGAUUCCCAGCUGGUAAUAGAAGCUUAUAAGUCUGGGUUUGAGCCUCCGGGGGACAUUGAAUUUGAGGAUUACACUCAGCCGAUGAAACGCACUGUGUCGGAUAACAGCCUUUCAAAUUCCCGAGGAGAAGGCAAACCAGAGCUCAAGUUUGGUGGCAAAUCCAAAGGAAAGUUGUGGCCCUUCAUCAAAAAAAAUAAGCUUAUGUCCCUUUUAACAUCCCCCCAUCAGCCUCCCCCUCCUCCCCCUGCCUCUGCCUCACCCUCUGCUGUUCCCAACGGCCCCCAGUCUCCCAAGCAGCCAAAGGAACCCCUCUCCCAUCGCUUCAACGAGUUCAUGACCUCCAAACCCAAAAUCCACUGCUUCCGGAGCCUAAAGCGUGGGCUUUCUCUCAAGCUGGGCGCCACGCCAGAGGAUUUCAGCAACCUCCCGCCCGAGCAGAGACGGAAAAAGCUGCAGCAGAAAGUCGAUGAAUUAAAUAAAGAAAUUCAGAAGGAGAUGGAUCAAAGAGAUGCCAUCACAAAAAUGAAAGAUGUUUACCUGAAGAAUCCUCAGAUGGGAGACCCAGCCAGUUUGGAUCACAAAUUAACCGAAGUCAGCCAAAAUAUAGAAAAACUGCGGCUAGAAGCCCAGAAAUUUGAGGCCUGGCUGGCCGAGGUGGAAGGCAGGCUGCCAGCCCGCAGCGAGCAGGCCCGCCGGCAGAGUGGAAUGUUCGACGCCCAGAACCCGGCCACAGUCAACAACUGUGCCCAGGACCGCGAGAGCAGCCCGGAUGGCAGUUACACGGAGGACCAGAGUCAGGAGGGUGAGGUGAAGGUGCUGGCCACGGACUUCGACGACGAGUUUGACGAGGAGGAGCCCCUGCCCGCCAUCGGGACCUGCAAAGCCCUCUACACGUUCGAAGGUCAGAAUGAAGGGACCAUCUCCGUGGUUGAAGGAGAAACACUGUACGUGAUCGAGGAAGACAAAGGCGACGGGUGGACCCGCAUUCGGAGAAAUGAAGAUGAAGAGGGUUAUGUCCCCACUUCGUACGUCGAAGUCUAUUUGGACAAAAAUGCCAAAGGUGCUAAGACUUAUAUUUAAUACAACUUAAACAAAAACAAAACUGUAAAAAAAAAAAAAAAUUGGAGUUGUCUCUCCCCACAACUAUGACUGUUCCGGGCAGUUCUUCCAAAGCCUGGCUGGAGGACACCGGAGUGCGUGCUGGCACAUGGCCAUGCAGUGGGCUUGUAGGCGUUCGACACCCGAAUUUCCUUGGCUAGUUUUGAUAUAAUCACGUUUCACUUGCUCAUGAAAUAUGUCGCGGAAAGCUGCCAACUGCCAGUUUACAAUUCUGUCAUUUGAAAUGGGAUAAACAGUCCUUCCUCUGGCAGUGUCUGUGUAGGUAUCCAAAAAAUAAGUUGCCUUCUAGCUUCUAAUCGCUAUUUCUGAAUUUAAAAGUCCACACGCAUCAGAGGGGCGGGUAAGACCCUUAGAAUGUCACAUUUUGUAACUUAAUAACUUGAACUUUGCUAGUCUUUCUGAUCUUACAAUCACUGGCUUUGGAGGAAGUCCUCAAAAAAACCUCCCCCUCCUGGAGGAAAGGGUAAGACGAGUCCUAGAUGGGUACUCAGAGCGUGUAUCUUUUCUUCAACGUGUUUGAGAUCAUUGGUAGAUGGCCGUGAGUUUCCUCUCCCGUCCGCGGGAUCCCAGACAACCAACUGAAAUCUGGAAAAGCUUGGUUAGCGAUGAACCGGGCGACUUUUACAGGAGACCGCUGAGCUCCCCGCUGCCGUGGCAGUCCAUCAGAUGCCCUGGUUGCUGUUUCCAUAACUUACCCAAACCGGUUUUGUGGCAAGUGCUGCUGUAUUCAGCUCACACGUCCCCAGGUGGGGCUAUAAAUAGAACCCGGAGCAGCAGCUGCUUCCACACGCAGACCCCAGCUCAUCACUUCGCAGACGUGUUUCGGGUUCGGUUUGGUUUUGUUUUUUGUUUUUAAUCUUUGGCAUCUUUAAGACCCGAAAGUAUGAAUCUACUGAAAAUCGUUUCAGAAUUGCUAGCUCGUUUUAUGUAAUGAGCCAGAGCCAGAGUGAAAUAAAGUAUUUCACCAUCUUGCAAGGAAUCUGGGUAGCGUGGGGAUUUGCAUUUUUAAGUUGGCAACAGAGGCAGGGAAAUCAAUCCGGUGCAUGGAGAUAGGUACCCGGGGGUGUGUGUGUGUGUGUGUGUGUGUGUGUGUGUGUGUGUGUGUGUCAAGAAUCUACCCCGAGGUCACGGAGAACCAGCUAUGAAUGGCUCGCACUAAAGCUGUCCGGUUCUGAUGUUCUUUUUAUGGGGCUUCCAGAAUUAUUUAUUCAUGUCCUUCCUACUUUUUAAAUAGGAAAUUAGCUCCUUGCUUUUACAUUGUGAGCUCCUUUUGUAAGCGCAAGUCAAUUUAAAGCUGAUUCUACCCAAAAAAAAAAAAAAAAAGCUGAUUUAAAAAGCAACAGCAGCUGAUGAGCGGGGUCGGGCACCUGGCCGCAGUUACAGGUGCUUGUUGUAGAUUCUAGCAGAAAGGUCGCUGCGUUGCCCAAGGACCACCAAAAUGGAAUUUAGUAAACCUUAACGACAGCCUGAUUUUUAAAGCACGUUUUAUUGUGAAAUAAUGAUAGAUUGCCAGGAAGUUGCAAAGACAGUACCGAGCCGUCCCCUGUACCCUUCAGCCGGUGUCCCCCCAUGGUGACUUCUGACGUGACCAUAGUAUAAAGCCACGAGCAGGAAACUGCCAUCGGUCAGCCCGCUUUUUAAAAUACCAUUUUAUGAUUCAGAUUUCUUUCGCCUUGUUCUACCUUUGCUGACGAAAUAUCGAUAAAGCCACUCACCCUGGACCCCAGACCUCUCAGGAAGAUCGUUUCUGUUCCCCUUUUUAAGUAUUUGCCACAAGUAACUCGGCUGACCCUGAAACCACGGGGCUUCCUCCUCACGAGCUGGGGGAGGUCACAGCACUGGGCAUGGACCCAGGUGAACAGGGGACCGCAGAUAUUAAAAUCAGAGCUUUCUGUCUGAUGCUGGGACUCAUUUCCAGCCUGUGAACUGCUACCAAACACCGAAAAAAGUCUUCAAAUGGCCAAGACAACGUGAACCUUUGCAAGCCUCCCUUGGAAAGUAUGGCAUUCCAUGGCAUUGUUGUGGGUUUAUUUAUUUAGUUUUUUUUUUCCUUAACAGUUGUGCAAAUUUGAUUCAGGAAACGGCUCAGUUGGUUGGUGGGGGCAGGGGGUGGGUUUGGGCGCGUAAUGGAAGGCUCCUGAUUUUCAGUUGCGUGCCUCAGGCCCUUAGCACAGGCAGCUGGGGAGAAGGACCGAACCGUGCCUCGGUGCCAGCCGGUCAAUGCACCAAGUAUUAGCAGAAGUCCUGAAACCAUUCCCAAAGAAUCAGAAUUCCCAUUUCUGCCCAGAGUAUACUUUGGUUUUUUCUAUGCAGCCCCCCCACCCCCCGAAAAGGUUAUGUGAUAAAAGAAGUCAAGUCUCGGCAUGUGGGUGAAGUUUUCUGCUUUUAUUUUAGACGCCCAGAGGUUACUCGUGAAUGCGUAGAAGCCUGUCUUCCCCACCUGCUUUCUCAAUCUGCUCGGCACCCGCAAGAACACGCCCCCCCCCACAAACCCCCCCAGCCCGUGGGGCUGCUGCUUCCUGGUGCCCAGAACUCAAAGCAGCUGUUUUGUGCCCGUGUGCUUGUGUGUGUGCUUGUGUGUGUGUGUGUUGUCUACGAUGUGACUAUUUAAUAAUUGCCAAAAUAUUUAGACUAGAGGAACCUCCAACGGGUCAGCUGGAUUGUGACUAUCUUCAUUUAUGGUUUGGUUUUGCUUUUUAAAUUGCUUUCUGUUAAAUAUGUCCGUCAGCCCCCCAGCCCCCCAGCCCCCCAUAUUUGUAUAUGCUGCCAUUUAAAAACUAAAAGGAUGACUUGAAUUCGUUGUUUUAACGUUUGACUCUUGUCUGUUUUAUUGGUGAUUCCGCUGCCUAAUGACCGUUUUUGUUUUUGUAACCGCUGGGGAAGCCGGAAGGACUAGGUCCCCUGCCGGCCGCUCCAGCCUGAGCUUAUUGUAGACACUUGUGUUCUGAGUAAGUUUCGUUCCAACACAGCCAACAUGAUUGUCUCUGUCUCUCCCUGAAAGAGAAGAACCUGUCUGGCUCCUCUUAGUUGUACCCUCAAACCUGCCUCUCUAAUAAACGUAUUUUUCUCA